AUCAUUUCGGAGAGGGACUUCCGGCGUCUACUUGGCGGCCAUUUUGGUUCCUGUGGAGUCUGUUGGCCACGUGAGAAGGUCGUGGGUCCCGUGAGGGGAGCGAGGUGACGGGCUGGAAGGCUCAGGAGGAGGCUCUGUCCGCGCUGCACGGGUGCGGGUGUGAGGGUCGGGGACACCGCCGCCCGCGAGGGGUGUCGUUGCCGAGCCGACCCGGUCACUCGGCUGCGGCCACUCUGCUCCGCGCAGAGGCUCGGAUGGCGGCGGCUGCGCUGAGGGACGCGGCUCAGCAGGACAGUGUGACCUUUGAGGAUGUGGCUGUGUACUUCUCCCGGGAGGAAUGGUGUCUGCUUGAUGAGGUUCAGAUAUGUCUGUACCUUGAUGUCAUGCUGGAGAACUUUGCCCUUGUAUCCAUGCUGGGUUCUUGUCAUGGAGUUGAGGAUGAACAGCCACCUUGUGAACAGAGCUCACCUGUAGGAGUGUCACAGAUCAGGACUUCUGGGGCAGGUGUGUCUCCUGAGAAGGGCCAGCCGUGUAAGAUGUGUGUCCAAGUCUUGAGGGACAUCCUGCACUUGGCUGAACACCAGGGAACACAUAGAGGGCAGAAAUCAUACACACGUGGGACAUACGGGAAACAGUUCUGUUUCACUGUAGACCUUCAACAGCCCCAGAGGCAGCACAUUAGAGAGAAACACUUCAGAUGUGAUGUGGGGGGACCCUCAUUUUUGAAGAGCUGCACAGUCAAUGCAUCAGGGAACCUCUUUACCUACAGGAAGAUUGGGAAGGAUUUUCUGGCUAACAUGGGACUUCAGCAACAGGCUGCUAAUCCCAGUAAGAAACUAAACAGUGACAAAUGUGGAGCUGUUUUUCACAGUAGAAAAAGUCAUCUCAGCGUCAGAGAAUGCAAGAAGGCCUCCAGCCACAGAGACAUACUUGUUCAGGAUGAAAGAGUCUUCAGUUGUGAAGGGCUUUGUUUGUGCAACAAAUGUGGGAAAGCCUGCACUGAAAGAUGUAAACUUACUCAGCACCAGAAAGUUCACGCUGGACAAAGGCCUUAUGAAUGCAGAGACUGUGGAAUAUCCUUUAUCCAAGGCCACCACCUUAGUGCCCAUGGGCAAAUCCACACUGGAGAAAAGCCUUUUGAGUGCAGUGAAUGUGGGAAAUCCUUCUGUCGAAGGGAAUACCUCAAUGACCAUAGGAAAAUUCACGUGGGAGUAAAGCCUUAUGAGUGCAAGUAUUGUGAUAAAUCUUUUUUACGAAGGUGCCAAGUAGUUCGACAUCAGAGAGUUCACACUGGAGGAAGGCCUUUUAAAUGCAAUGAAUGUGGGAAAUCCUUUAGGCAAAGCAGCCACCUCAGUUUCCAUAGGAAAAUGCACACUGGAAAAAAGGCUUUUGGGUGCAAUGAAUGUGGGAAAUCUUUUUAUGAUAGGUCUGGUUUUCGUCAUCAUCAGAGAGUUCACACUGGAGAAAGGUCUUAUAAGUGCAAUAAAUGUGAGAAAGCUUAUAUUUGGCGUUCUAGCCUCCAUGUUCAUCAGAGAGUUCACACUGGAGAAAGGCCUUUUAAGUGCAAUGAAUGUGGGAAAUCCUUUAGCCAAAGCAACCACCUCAGUUUCCAUAGGAGAAUGCACACUGGAGAAAAGCCUUUUAAGUGCAGUGAAUGUGGGAAAUCUUUUAAUGAUAAGUCUAACUUUCGUUAUCAUCAGAGAGUUCACACUGGAGAAAGGUCUUACAAGUGCAGUGAAUGUGGCAAAUCUUAUAUUAGGAGUUCUGGUCUCCGUGUUCAUCAGAGAGUUCACACUGGAGAAAGGCCUUUUAAGUGUAGUGAUUGUGGGAAAUCUUUUAUGGUUUGGUCGGGCCUUCGUUACCAUCAGAGAGUUCACAGUGGAGAAAAGCCUUAUGAGUGCAGUCAGUGUGGGAAAUCUUUUACUGCUAGGUCUAGCCUGUGUUAUCAUCAGAGAGUUCACACUGCAGGAAAGCCUUCUGAGUCCAGAGAAUGUGGGAAAUCUUCUACUGAUAGGUCUGGCCGCCUUUAUCAUCAGAGUUCAGAGUGGAAAAAGGCCUUAUGAGUGCAAGGAAUGUAAUGUCUUUUAUCUAAAGGAGCCAUUUGCUUUGAUAUAACAAGGUUCACAAUGGAAAAAAGGCCUUAUGAAUGCAGUAGAUGAGAACCACACUGGGCGUGUAGGAGGCUGAGGUGAUAAGAGGUUGGGAGGAUGCAUCUGCAUUAGGCCUGCAGCCAAAAGACCAUUUUUAGGGAGGAAACUGAGGCCCAAGGAGGGUGUGUCAUCUUGUAAGUUCCCAGCUUGGACAGGGAUUUAGGAUUCAGUGCCAGGUUGCCUGGUUCAGGGCAUAUAAAACAGUAAGAUUAAACCAUUACCUCAUAACAUAUACAAAAAUAAACUCAAAAUGAGUUAAAGAAAUAUGUAAGACCUGAAACCAGAAAAUGCCUAGAAGACAAUAUAGGUAGAACACUCUUUGACAUAAAUUGUAGCAGUAUUUUGGGGGGAUCUGUUUCCUAACACAGAAUAAAUAAAAGCAAAGAUAAACAAAUGGUGAGACCUGAUUAAAUUUAAAACCUUUUAGACAGCAAAGGAAACCAUUGACAAAAUGAGAAGACAACCUUUGGAAUGAGGAAAUAUUUGGAAGUAAUAUGACUAACAAGUGGUUAAUAUCCUAAAUAUAUGAACAGCUCAUGCUACUCAAUGUAUAAAAAACCCAAACAAUCUGAUCAGAAAAUAGAAGUACUGAAUAACCAUUAUUCCAAAGAAGCCAUAUAGCUGGCUCACGGGCAUAUGAAAAGAUGGUCAACAAUGCUAAUUAUUAGAGAAAUGCAAUCCGAGUAACCCAGAGAUAUCUCCUGCCAACUGUAAGAAUAGCAGUCAGCAAAGAGUCUACAAAUAACAAAUGUUGGUGAGGAUGUAGAGAAUAGAAAACCCUUAUACACUGUUGGUGGGAAUGUAAAUUUGUGUAGCCACUAUGGGAAACAGUUUGGAAGUUCUUCAGAAAACUAUAAUUAGAACUAACUAUGAUCCAGCAAUUCCACCCCUGGAUACUUAUCUAGAAAAUAGGAAAAUACAAAUCCAAGAUAUUUGCACCCUGAAGUUCACAGCAGCCCUGUUUACAGUGGUUAUGAUAUGAGGACAAACCAAAUGCCCGUCAGCAUACGAGUGGAUAAAGGAGAUGUGAGGCAUAUACACACGGAUGUGACUCAGCUGUAGGAAGGAUGAAAUUCUGCCACUUGCAGCAACUUCCAUAAAACGAGAAUAUUAUACCUCGUGAAAUAAUGUCACACAGAAACAAAUACUCUGUGAUAACACUUAUAUUUGGAAUCCAGAUAUACUAAGAAUGAACAUAUAUGCAAAAUAGAAAAAAAAGCUUGCAGUUACAGAAAACAAACUAGUGGUUACCAAAGGGAAGAGGGAAGAGGGGGGUGAGGUCAAAUGGGGAUAUGGAAUUAAAGAGACUUUCUUAAAUAUUCACUUUUGAAUGUAUUUCUACUAAAAUACAUCCAUGCGAAAUACCUACAAAAUACCUUAAAAUUUUACCCAUAAGUAUGUUUUUCAUAAAAUUAUACUAAUAUUAUGAAAUUAAUAAGUAUGUUAUGUAAGUGGGAAGGAUUUGACCAAAGAAAAGAAAUUGAAUGGAAAGGAAUUUAAGUAAACAUCGUAUCAUUUUCAUUUUGGAGAAUAAACCCAACUCCAUCUGGAUUUGCUUUAAAA